GCCACUCUGUGCUACCUCCACGGCCGAAGUAUCAGCAACAACGACUCAGCAGACGAGCAACUCCAGCGGCAUCCAGUGCCAAUGCAGUACCGGUCACCGCAGGGAUCCUUCCUGCCUGUCUGGUCCAAGGGGACCACGAGACUUUGGCAGCUAACCUUCAGCGGGUGCAGGCAUUCACAGAUGCCGUGGCCACAGCAAAGGCACAGCAAGAGGCAGCAGAAGCAGAACGUCAGCGGCUUGCCCAAGAGGCGGCUUGCCCAAGAGGCGGCAGCCCAAGCUCAGCGGACUGCUGAGGCUGAUGCAACGGCUCGAGAUAGGCGGAAUGCAGCCAGUACUGAGUCUCUGAUUCAGAAUGAGAGUCAGUGGACAACAAAACUCCAAGGCAUGAUCUUUGUGCCUAAGGACGAGCAGGCGGAUCCGACACCAGCGGAGGCAGAAAGGAGUAACAUGGCUAACUUGAUGUUGGGUAUGAUGAGGGUGGUAACGUGGAACAAUACGAUGCAGAUUGCGCACGUGCAAACUGGACGGCAGCUGAGACAGACUCAGCAGAGAAAAUCUGCAACUUGGACAGCCGCCAUCCGUGCAGCAACACAGCAUCAGCAACAACAGCAACAAUUGUCGGCAUCCACUAUCACACGCGUCAACAGCAUCGAGGCUAAGCCCUCAGCAGCGCCAGGCUGCACGGCGGAUAUAGCGAAGCAGCUCGGAGAGCGCAUCGACCAUGUCGUCAAAAUCAUCAGCGAUCUAGGUGACUUUACCAGUCCAGCAUUGAUCAGCAGCACGGUGGCCGCCAUCAAGACAGACAUCACCAAACUGCAGGCACGACCAGAAGCCGCCUCGAAAACAUACAAGAUGCCAUGCUUCAACAUCGGGAAGUUUGACGAUUACAAGAAAACAGACGCUUCGGCAUGGUGGCAUUCCUUCAUCACUGAAGCAGCCUGCCACCACGUACCAGAUUACCUGAUGAUGACUGCACUCUACCUCCAACUUAUUGGAGGAGCACAGACAUUCAUGAACCAUCUGACGACCAAUCUGGGAACCACCAUUGCCGACCUGAACACGCACAUCACAUGGGAGCAGCUCGAGAAAAUGUGGCACACUCGUUUCAUGGUGCGGAAUGUAGUUAAGGUGGCCAUGAACGAGAUCUACUCCAGCUCGCAAGGGAACAUGUCAACACGAGACUGGACGAUCAAGUGGCAGAAGAUAGUAACCACUCCAGGGUUCGACUUAAGUUUCCCAAACCUGCGAUCCAAAUUAUUUUCGCGAUCGUGUGCAGGACUGCGGUCGGCACUUGGUAACGAGUACGACUAUGCCUCAUUCCAGGGCGUCCUUGACCGUGCUAACCUGGUCAUCCAAACUGAUGACAAGGACGACAACGAAAGGCAGUCCCAGCCACAAUAUUUGGCUAAGCAAGGCUACCAACGGUCGGCGCAUAACAAUGCGGUGAUCGCUGACCGAUCACCUGAUCUCCACACUGCAGCAUCCUCCUUGAGUGAUGGAGGAGUUGUCGCAGCGCUCCCGCCGAAAUGUCCAAAAAGGGUUCGGAAGAACAAGGCGACACAAGGGACGACAGAGACGGAGACUAGGCAGCAACCAUGGACGACGUACAACAUCACCAAGGAAGUAUUAGAACUUCGACAGCGGUAUGGGUAUUGUUUUUGGUGCAACAGUGUAAACCACACUACGGCACAGUGCCCGGACAAUGGCAAGGCAAAGGUACCUCGUCCAGCUAACUCGGGAAACUGAUUUGCGCACGGAGAGGGGCGACGCCUCUCCACACUCCGCUGGAACCGGUUGCCUUGCUAGCAACCAAUA